UGACAGCUAUUGCCACCACUGAUCCUAGCCUGGAUAACGAAUUGAGGGCAAGUAGCGUGGCCGACGGUGAUUUGGCAUUGGUGCAUGAGAGGAGUAGAGGGCAGCGCGUGACGUUCCAUACACACGUUUCUUUGACGUUGACUCAGGUGCAGAAGGCAAGCAAGUCGAUGUUUGGAGGAGCAUGUCAUCUGCCGGCACACGAGGCGCUGAAUGAUUGCCCUGACUUGCACAGUCGAGGCGGUGGCAGCGAGACUUGCAUGUUGUUGAAGGGGUCUGUCUGGCAAACUCGUGAGUCUUUCAGAGCCUGCACACUCAACAAAGCAAUACAAUGAGGCGCUUUUUGAAACACAACUCACUGUCUUAACAUGGCAUACUGUGCCGCAUACAUCGAAUGAGGACCAUGCCAUGCCUAAUGGAGUAUGAAAUACGUGACUGCUACUUUUCAAGAAUUUGAAAUUGCAGAUGUAAUUAAGCAAGCCGGCCGUUCUUCAACAGAGUUUGUGGUGCAACUGGAGGACCUGCGAUGAGGUCGAGAGUU